AUGGCAUCCGAUCUACAGCAGCAGCAACAGCAGCAACAGCAGCAGCAGCAGCAACAGCAGCAGCAACAGCUAAAGGAUGCACUAAGCAGCAGCAUAGUCUUAGCGAGUGCAGCAAAAGUGUCUCCUUUGCAUCUACCAUCUAAUGCACAUACUAUACAAGAUUAUUGGGAGAGACUAAAGAAUAUAGGGGUAAUAUAUAAUAAUAUAAAUAAAAAGAAUAAAAAAAAUAAAUUAAAUAUAAAACAAAUAGACAAAGACAUCAUCAGAGAAAUUAUUAAUAUUAAUCAACAAAUUAUUAAAGGUUCUGAUGGGCUGCAGUCUCUGCUGGCUAAAAUCUGCAAAGAGGUGCGACAGAUACAAUUCGCUGCAGCAGCGACAACAGCAGCAACACCAGCAGCAGCAGCAACAGCAGCAACAGCAGCAGCAGCAGCAGCAGCAGCAGCAGAACCGGAGGCUCAUGGCCUCCCUAAGACAAUCGAAGCCCUCAUCUCCCUAAGGCUGCUGCCUAAAGACAUUUGCUGCGAGCCCAACAGCAGCAGCAGCAACAACAACAGCAGCAGCAGCAACAGCAACAGCAGCAACAGCAACAGCAGCAGCAGCAGCAGCAGCAGCAGAGUGUGGGGUGCCUGGAUAUCGUUAGCAAGAGUGUGCUGCGCCUUACGUCUGCUGUCUGUCUCCUCGCGUACACACAGCGGAGGUGUCUCCUUUGCUGCAGCAAUGCAUGCAUUUGCAUGCCCCUCUAUCUCCUUGCUGCUGCGGCCAGACAAUACUGUUAAUACUAAGCAGCAGCAGCAACAGCAACAGCAGCAACAGCAGCAGCAGCAGGAAGGGGAGGAGCAGCAGCAGGGAACUGACAGUGCAUGCGCAGCGUUCAAUGCAACAGAUAUUGUUUUGACUUGCUGCACUUCACAGCAGCAGCAGCAACUGCAGCAGCAACUGCAGCAGCAGCAACAGCAGCAGCAGCAGGAAGAGGAGGAGGAGGAGGAGGAAGAAGAAGAAGUGUCUCUUCUUCCUCCGUCAGCAAAAGAAGGCCCUUUAUUAGCAAAAGUUCAUUGUCUUACACCAUUCAGGUUGCUGCUACCUGAGCACUAUGGUGCACCUCCUGAACCCCCGCAGCAGCAGCAGCAGCAGCAAGACCAGCUGCAGGAAGAGCAGCAGCAGCAGCAGCAGCAGCAGGAGUUGGUGGAUCUAUUAGGAGACACAGGAAUAGAUGCACAUUUCUUUGCUGUAUGGCGCAGCAUUUUGCUGCUGCAGCUGCCACAAGAUUUGCUGCAGAUGGAUGAAGAAUUAGCAGCACAAAUUCACCAAAAGGAGGCGACUGGCACAUUAUUAGCACCCGUGCUGCUGCAGGAACUGCAGCAACAGCAGCAGCAGCAGCAACAACAACAACAGCAGCAGCAAAGUGCCCAAGGCCUGCUGUGGCUGUCUGCUGCUGUAUCGCAGCAAUGGGUACUGCUUAGCAGCAGCAGGAGGCACUCUGCUGCUGCUACUGCUGCAGCAGCAGCAGCAGCAGAGAGACAAAAGGAGACAGCAGCAGAUAAUAUAUAA